UUUAGCCUUCGCGGGUUUCCGUAGGAAUGCGUAUCACGUGAGUUCGAGAAAAGUCAGGAAGCAGACAAUCACAAAAAUUUCUUGCAAAAUAUCAAAUGUGCUAACUGCAGUUAACUCGAUUUAGGCUUUUGUUAUCAUGGAGUCGACCCUCGAGCAACAUCUUGAUGAUACCAUGAAGAAUCCAGCCAUUAUCGGAGUUCUCUGCACGGACCAACAGGGACAUAUUCUAGGCUGUCGUGGCUCUCUGUCUGAUGAGCAUGGUGGGGUGGUGUCUGUACUGGCCAGACAGGCAGCCUCUCUCACCAAAGACCCUACAGACAGCCCCACAGUGUGUCUGGAGUCAGAUUCAGGGCCAUAUUGUUUGUUUUUCCCACAGGAAUAUUCUAGUGAGGGCACAUGGAACCAUCACAGUAGCUGUUCAUAAGAUGUCGUCAUGAAGUCGCCUGAUGAAGAUGGAGGAGUCUGUUUUUGUUUGUAAUGCUGUUUGUUCACUAAUGCUAAAUAAUCCCACACAAUACUGCCCUACCAAGCAAAAAGGCAGUAAUGCUUGGAACUGAGAAAAAUGGCUUUUAUUUACCUUGGUUUAGCAGUUACUGCUAACAUGACCCCCAUUUUCUCCAAAACGCAAUUCAAUGGAGGCAGGAUACUUGUCUGCAUGAUUAAGCAUGUAUUUAAUGUAGCAAAAAUGACUUUAAUUCAUUUUGGCCAAAUGAGCAGUUACUGCCGUUUUGCUUGGUAGGGCAGAAUACAUGGUCUGUAUCUAGGAGGUCACAUUCAGGUGUUAGAAGAUUCCAUUUCUUCUUCAACUGUCUGUUUGGCCAAGAGUCAUAUUUUAUCUGUCUGUUUGGCCAAGAGUCAUAUUUAAAAGUCAUGUUUUGUGUAAGUUAAUAGGUCUGAUCAGUUUUUGUUGCAAAUAUUUGUUGACCUGGCAAUUCCUUUUUGGGACAUUUUUAAUCGGCAAUCAUGUCUGAUUUCAAAUUCCUGUAGAGAUAUUGUAAUUGUAUUCAUAUUAAAAGCAAUGUAACAUCCAA